AUGUCUAAUUCAACAAGGUGUGCAGCUUGCAAAUAUUUAAGAAGAAGAUGCUCUCAAGAUUGUGUUUUGGCACCAUAUUUCCAAGCAAAUAAUCCAGAAAGAUUUUCUUGUGUCCAUAAGAUCUAUGGGGCUAGCAAUGUUACUAAGUUAUUAGAGCAACUUCCAGUCGAUUUAAGGGCAAAUGCAGUAGAUAGCAUGGUUUUUGAAGCAAGUUCGCGAAUUCAAGACCCAGUUUAUGGAUGCACUCAAAUAAUUUUUCAAUUGCGACAACAAAUAAUCCAGACCCAGUAUGAAAUAGCCCAAAUACAAGCCCAGAUAGCCUUUAACAAUGUACAACAACAAAUGCAUCACCAACAACGUUAUCAUCAUGGAAACCAAUAUCAAAACCAACAUCAUAGUGUUGGUGGCGGUGGCGGUGGCGGUGGCGGUGAACCCUUCUCUCAAACUUGGAUGAAUGCAAGUGAACAAGCAGAAGAACAACAUUCUCACUUGGGCUUCACCUCUGAUUUUAAUUUUACAAGCUAA